AUGCUACGAAACACGAAAAAGGUCAAUUACUUCCGGCAUAACGAGCGCUUCAUGAAUAACCAGAAGCUGUUCUACCGGGAACUGGGAGCGAAACCCAUAGAAGUAAAGAAGAUCCCUGGCAAGGCGGAAGUGGAAGAAUUCUGGUCGAACAUCAUGGAACGCCCGGCGAGCCACAACGUCGACGCCACAUGGCUCCGACGCACAACUGGCGUUGUCCUGAAAGACCUCAAGGGACAUGUCAGGAAGCUGGAGUGUGAAAUAUCACUCGAUAUCCUCCAGCGUACAGCAAUCUUGGGCACGGCCAGCAUCCUUCGCCGUGUCCUUCAGAAUUAG